AUGAAGAUGCACCACCAUCUCAUGACCUCUGGCAUCAAUGUCGCGAAGAAUAAAAAAUUCAUUUGCGAUACCAUCGGACACACUGCUAGAUGCACAUAUAGCACACUGCGCCAGUCCCACAGCGCGGCGUUGCGCCCAAAUGGAGGGAAUUUUGAUCUGAAGAAAAGUUCAGUGAUAUGGCUGGGGAUGCAUGCAUUUCACCAUGUGCUGUCGAAAAGGCCUGGGGUCUACGGCACACUGCUGGAGUCUCUUCGCUUCCAGCUGGCGUUGUUUCGCAAAAAACCACUGAAGCAUCGAUUGAGAAGUGUGGUGAAGGAUGGUCUUGCAGGCGUAGCUACAGUACAUUUUUGA